AUGGCACCGUCAUCAGAAACUUCCGUCCGUAAAAACAUGAUCCCUUCAUUUCUCUACGGUUCUUCCCCUAGAACCCUACCGGUUAUUCACCAGAUCAUCAGUUCCGGCCCCGCUCCUUCCGCCGCCGCGUCGCCUUCAUUGACUGGAACUGGAUCUUUCAUGAUUCCUUCUCCCAAGGAAUCCGGUAAGAUCGAGAUGUACUCGCCGGCUUUCUAUGCUGCUUGUACUGCUGGUGGAAUUUUGAGCUGUGGUCUUACUCACAUGACCGUCACUCCUCUUGACCUUGUCAAGUGUAAUAUGCAGAUUGACCCUGCCAAGUACAAGAGCAUCUCAUCAGGGUUUGGAGUUUUGCUCAAGGAGCAGGGAAUCAAGGGUUUUUUCCGUGGCUGGGUUCCUACCUUGCUUGGUUACAGUGCACAGGGUGCUUGCAAAUUUGGAUUCUAUGAGUUCUUUAAGAAGUACUAUUCUGAUAUUGCUGGUCCUGAGUAUGCAAACAAGUACAAGACCUUGAUCUACCUCGCUGGUUCAGCAUCUGCUGAGGUCAUUGCUGAUGUUGCACUUUGCCCAUUCGAAGCUGUGAAAGUACGUGUUCAAACUCAACCUGGUUUCGCAAGAGGUCUUGGUGAUGGCCUCCCAAAGUUUGUCAAAUCGGAAGGAGUUUUGGGGCUGUACAAGGGAUUAGUUCCUCUAUGGGGACGACAAAUUCCAUACACAAUGAUGAAAUUUGCCUCUUUUGAGACCAUUGUUGAGCAAAUUUAUAAACACGCUAUCCCCAGACCAAAGAGUGAGUGCAGCAAAUCUCUGCAACUUGGUGUCAGUUUUGCUGGUGGAUAUGUUGCUGGUGUCCUCUGUGCAAUUGUGUCUCAUCCUGCUGAUAAUCUGGUAUCUUUUUUGAACAAUGCCAAAGGUGCCACCGUCGGUGAUGCUGUUAAGAAGUUUGGUGUGGUGGGUCUUUUCACCCGAGGUCUCCCUCUCCGUAUUGUUAUGAUUGGAACACUUACAGGAGCCCAGUGGGGAAUAUAUGAUGCUUUCAAAGUCUUUGUGGGGCUGCCAACAACUGGUGGUGCUGCUCCUCCUGCUGAGACCAUAAAGGCAUAA